AUGGGCUCGACAACGGGCAUCGGUGCCAAAGUGCCUGUAGUCGCCCUUGAAAAUGGAGACGCAGCUCUCCAGGAAAAAGUGGAUAUCACCGAAACGACGCACUGCAGUCUGUUCAGUACUCAGCUCGAUGUGCUCGCCUAUGCUCCAAGCAUUCAAUCAUUAAAGUCGUCCUACCCGACCCUCGACCUCCUUUUAAGGACCGAUAUGCCCAGUGGGCUAUGGUGGCUCCAUGUCGACUCACCAAGCGACGAUGAUAUCGAGUCGCUAUCACGCAUGCUUGAUAUCCAUCCACUGACUACAGAGGAUAUCAAGAUUCGCGAGCCGCGCGAGAAGACCGAGCUAUUCGGCCCGUACUAUUUCGUCUCCUUGCGCCCCCCAAAGCAGCUCGAGACCUGGGAGAGUGUCCGGGCGUCCUCGCUGACCAACACACGAAAAAAUGUGCUGGGUCGCAUUCAAGAGCAACGCACCCACUUUCCUCUGACAAGCGACUGGAUCUGCUAUGCCCUAAUCGAUGACAUUGUCGACGGUUUCGCGCCCUUCAUACACCGCAUCCAGGCUGUCUUGGAAGUCAUGGAAGAUAGCGUGUCCGUGACGCGACCUGACGACAUUGGACUGGCCCUUCAGAGCAUCUUCAAGGCGCGCAAAGAGGUCAUUCGCAUCCGGCAACUUUUACACGAGAAAACUGAUGCCAUUCAGUGUUUCGCUCGUCACUGUGGUACCUUCGGGGCAGCACCCACGGAAGUCGGAAUCCAUCUGAGCGAUAUCCAGGACCACAUCCUGACUAUGCUGUCGAACCUGGCGAAUGCGGAGCAGAUGCUGUCGCGUUUGCAGUCGAAGUACCUGGCCCAGGUGUCGUUUGAUUCCACGCGCAUUCGUAAUGAGAUUGCGACGGCUCUGAGCCGAUUGACGGUCGUUGGAGUGGUCGUGGUGAUGAUGCAGUUUAUAACUGGUCUUUUCGCAAUGAAUAUAGAAGUGCCUGGAGAAAACGCCACUGGCUUGGCUUGGUGGCUUGGCAUUUUCGGAAUUAUCGUUGGGCUCAUAGUGCUGUUUUUUAUUGUUGCCAAAAGAAUCCGCGCCAUUUAA